AUGUUGCACGAUGGAAGUUCAACAGGCUUUGCCCUUGCAUGCCCUCAGCAGCCUCAUAUUUCACCGUUUUUGUUUGCGGAGGAGCUUCUCUGUGGUGUGCUGCUUUACUGGCCACACUGCGCCCAGCCUGUCUCCGUGCUGCUGUGUGGGCCCUCGGGGAAUGGAAAAAGCCACGUUGUGUGUAGGGCGCUUCAGCGGGCCCGCGGUGCCACACGUCGUCGUGUGCUCGCUGUCACACCACAACUCGCGGUGUCUUUCUCGCGGCGGCAUGCCGACGGGAGCACGGCGCUCCGGAGGGAUAUUUGUCGCGCUAUCCGUGGUGCGGUUGCCUGCCCCGACAAUCACCGGCCCCCGGACGACGAGGAGGACGACGCUGCGGUGGUGGUUGUGCUUGACCACAUGGAGCUGUUCCUCACUGCCGCUAAUGACGCCGCGGGGAGGGCGCAAGGCGGUGGGCUGGCCCGCGAUCGGUCGUCUUCCACUCUGCCGAGGCAUCCGGUACCUUUGGCUGAGUUGUACGACAUUCUCCGCGGGCGGGAGUUGUUUGCCCCUGACGAACUUCGGCAGAUGCGCUUGUCCACGGUGCUUUUCGUCACUCUGUUCGGCGGUGCAUUGGACGAUGUUGAUCCUUUUGCCCGCUCCAAGUUUUUUGACGCGUGUGUCUCGUUGAGGACACCGUCGGAAAAAGAGCGGAUUGCCUUCUUCAGCACCCACACCGCUUACCCGCCCAUGUUGUGUCGAGCGCUCGCCGCCCGUAGCGGGGGGAUUCCGUACAGGGGAUUGACGGAGAUUAUUGAGCACAUGGAGGAGAUCAUGCAAGACGCGACGCUGGCAGAUGCUGAGGGCAUUCCGCCAAUGAGCAGUAAGGAGGCGGCGGAUGGCACUAGCUGUGAGGCAGCGGCUCUGGCGGCACUUGCUUCACUGCGCGCCGUUCAGGCGUUCGCUACAAGUGGCUCUAUUGCGGCGCAAGAGUACCGCCAGAGUGCGGGUUAUGUGGACGUACAGGAGACACGGUGGUACGACAUUUCCGGGCUUGACGCCGUCAAGGCGACGCUGCAGCGGCUUGUGCUGCGCCCGCUGAAGUCCGCUGCGACGUAUCGUCGCUUUGGGGCUCGCCCCUCAACGGGUCUUCUGCUCUACGGGCCACCAGGCACCGGGAAGACGAUGCUGGCACGCGCCAUGGCGACGGAGCUUAACGCCUCCUUCAUCUACAUCGACCUGCCGCAGUUGAUUCAGGCGGAGGUCGGCGAGUCGGAACGACGGCUGAGGGAGUUUUUUGACGCGGCGCGCGAGCGCAGUCCCUCAGUGAUGUUCAUCGACGAGCUGCAGGCCGCUUUUGGGGCGCGGCGCGGGCCACAAGGCUCUUUGGGAUCCACGCACGACGCGCGGCUGGUGACGCAACUGCUUCAUCUGCUUGACAAGGCCCAGGAGGACACGGAGCACUUCACUCUCUUUGUUGGGGCGACGAACGUCAGAGAAAUGCUUGACACGGCGCUGCUGCGCGCUGGGCGGCUGGACACGUUGGUGGAGGUGCCACCCCCCGAUGCGGCGGCCCGGCGGUCCCUGGUGCAGCGUGCCGUUUACGGCGAGUGGGGGACGUGGUUUCCAGCGGAUGCCGUGGCGACGCAGCGGGCGUUGGUUUCCGCCUUCACGGAUGGCACGGCUGGAUUCAGCGGCGCAGCGGUGCGGCACGCGCUGAAUGUGUUUGCGCUUCAGUUCAUCCGGUUCGCAAGCCUUACGGCCAGCGGCAGUGACGCGGACUUUGUUAGGCAGCUGCAGGAGUUAAUGACGCACGGGGAGAGGCGCGGCAUGAGCUCCCACGCGGCGGAGUCUCUGGCGCGCGCCCUCACUGCGGCUGCGCAACGUUAA